UUAGGCCAGCUGCGAUCCAAUCAGGCAGCGACUCCCGCAAUAGCCCUAUACGACCUGCGCGGCUGACCGUCCCGCCGUCUUCCACUCCCACGUUCCCUCGUCUUUCUACUGCUACACCAGCGUUCCGUCGCAAUGGUCAACUUUCAAAAGCUCCUCACGCUUUCGCUCAUACCGACCGUCAUCUUCACCAUCCUCUCGUUCAUAUCAAUCGUCCUCACGGCACACUACUGGAUCCUGACGGAUUACUUCGUGGGUCGAUGGCUGAAACGCAAGAGUCAAUUUCCAGAGAAAAACAAGUUCCAGUGGGACGAUGUCAUUGUUGACUAUACGGAGACGUCCACGAAUGCCAUCAUUGCGGCGGGAUGCUUAUGCUUGGCGGCCGGAGUAAACUGCAUCAUCGCGUACUUCAAGCUCAAGCCCUCAACCAUGGAUCUAGAUUACCACUCGCCUCUAAGGAGAUUCUGGGUUGGAAGUGCAAUCGGUAUGGCUGUUGUCGGGUUAUGCUCAGCUCUCGCUGCUCUCAUCACAACUUUCACCGACAAGGGCGACGACGAGUUUGGUUGCACCACAACCACUGGCAAGACCAAGGACGGUGGUGUGCCCUUCACUAAUAUGAUGUGUUCGAGAGAGAUUGCGACGUGCAAGUUCAUGGGCCCGGUGUAUGACAAAGCGGGGAAGAUCCCUAAUGUCGAGCGCUGGGCUGUUACCAUUGCUUGCAAUGAGGCAACUGUGGUCAAGUGGCUGCAACUGGUACUUAUCUUCAACGCUGUCCUCGUUAUCGCCAUGUUCGCUGCUCAGGCGGGAGUAAGGAGGAAGACUCGAUCUCCUGCAUCGAAGGGCCUAUAGAGAGGGCACCGAGCAUAU